AUGCAAAUACCCAAUGCUGAAUUGGAGGAGGAGGACAAUGUUGAAGAAGGGGUACCCAUUAACAACCAAUCAGAGACAAAUAAGGAAGAUGUAUCCCAACAUGCUAAGAGAGCAAGGACAUCUGAAGUAUGGAAAGACUUUGACGAACCUUUUCUCGUAAGUGGAAAACGGAAAACUAAAUGUAAGCAUUGCAAAAGAAUUUUUAGUUUUCCUAAAUCUGGUUGUACAAGUCAUUUAAUACGUCAUGCUUCUACUUGUUUACCAAAAAAAAAUUUAUUGAAAAAACAAUCUAUACUAAACUUUUUGCCAUCUUAUUCAAGUGCGGGUACACCUGAUUUUGAAUUUAUUAGUGCUUUGCAUAAUGGCAAACUUGAUAUGUUGAGUAUGAUAAAAGAGAUUGCAGAUUGGAUUAUAAUGUAUGAGAAACCAUUUUUUGUUGUAGAAGAAGUAGGGUUCAAUAUGAUGUUAAAGAGGGGAAUACCACAAUGGAAAAGUGUAUCAUGUCAUACUAUAAGAAAUGAUGCAUUUAAAGCUUAUGAUAUUGAUAAAAAGAAGUUGAAAGAAACCUUAAAAGAUGUGGAUAGGAUUUCUCUAACCACGGAUUUAUGGCGUUCAAGACCACAAAGGAUUGAGUACAUGGUUCUUACGGGUCAUUAUGUUGAUCGUGAUUGGAAAUUACAAAAGCGAGUGUUGAGCUUUGUACAUAUACCUCCUCCUCGAAAGGGAAAAGACAUAGCAAAUUGCAUAUUUAAGUGUUUAAAGGAAAGGGACAUUGAAAACAAAGUCUUCACGGUAUCAGUUGACAAUGCCACCGCAAAUGAUUCAAGCAUACAAAUCAUGAGAGACACUUUCUCACAUACUAAGAGGUUGAUUUGUGGGGGAAAAUUGUUCCAUGUUCGUUGUUAUGCACAUAUUCUUAACAUCAUGGUGCAACAUGGUCUCAAACAAGUCAAAUCAAUCAUUAAGAAUGUUCACGAUUAUGUUGAUUACCUUAAUGGAAGUGAGGCAAGAUUAAUAAAGUUUUGUGAGAUUGUCCAACAAUUUAAUCUCAAAGAGAGGAAACUAAUUCUUGAAUGCAAGACCCGAUGGAAUUCAACAUAUGAUAUGCUUGCUUGUGCUAUCAAAUUUAAGGAUGUAUUUUCUAGACUUGCUUUAGAGGAUAAUGAGUAUGUUUAUUGUCCUAGUGCCGAUGAGUGGUUGAAAAUUGAAAAAUUGCUUGAUAUCCUAAAGGUGUUUUAUGAUACUACUAAUAUUAUCUCGGAAUCAGAAUAUCCUACUUCUAAUUUUUUUUUGUCCGAGGUAUAUUACAUUAAAGAAAUGUUGGAUAGAAUUUAUGAUGCCCCUGAUAUGUUUGUUAAAGAUAUGGUCAAAAAUAUGAAAGAAGGGUUUGAUAAGUAUUGGGGUGAAUGCAAUUUGAUCAUGGCUAUUGGUGGAAUUUUAGACCCUCGUGUAAAAAUGAAGGUUGUUGAAAUUACUUUUCCUACAAUGUUUCCUUCAGAUAAAGUUAGGGAUAAUAUACAUAAAGUUAGAGAUACUUUGUUUGAGUUGUAUGAUGAGUAUUAUAAUAUGUAUCCCCCUUUGAUGGAGGAAUUUGGUGAAUGUGAAAACGGUACUUCAAAAACUAACAUGGGGCCAAGUCUUCAUGGGAUGUCUAGAAUUUUACAAGUUGUAAGAAGUAGGCAAACAUCUCAACCUAGGAAAUCAGAAGUAGAGUUGUACCUUGAGGAAGAAACUUAUAUUGAUGAAGGAAAUAGCCCAACUAAGUUUGAUGUCUUGCAUUGGUGGAAAGAAAGAGCUAAAAAAUAUCGCAUUUUGUCUAAAGUGGCUACGGAUGUUUUAGCUAUUCCUAUUACAACCGUUGCUUUUGAGGCUACUUUUAGUGCUGGAAGUUGGGUUAUUGAUCCUUAUCGAGCUUCACUGCUUCCCGAAACCGUACAAAUGCUAAUAUGCACCGGAGAUUGGCGUAGGUCUCUUUUUGGAGUAAAAAGAAAGAACAAAAAUGUUGAUGAAGAUGAGCUAAAGGAAAUCACUCUUCCAAUUCCUUAG